AUGUUUGCCAACAAGUAUUACGAACACGACAUAGAGAAUACUUUCGUGAUAAAUCGCUUUUUCUUUCGUUUAUUAGGCAUAUGGCCAUUUCCACGCACGAAUUGUCUUCUUCCGGAGUUAUUGGAGACGGUCGUGCUGGUCUUCGUGUGUUUCGCGUUUCUCUUCGGCGAAUUAAUCCCGAUUAUACUUUAUGUAUUUAUGGUGCUGACAGACGUUCGUUUGAGGUUUAAAAUAAUGGCUAAUGGAAUAUUCACAAUAAUAGAAAUCAUUAAAUAUGGUUAUGCCGUGCUUUACAAGAAUCAAGUGCGAAAUUGUCUAGUGCUAGUUGAUGAGGACUGGCGAAACGUUAUCAAUCUAAAGGAUCGCAUCUCUAUGAUUGACAGGGUCAGAACUAGCAAACGUCUAAUUGUGAUUUGCACUGUAUUCGUGUACUUGACUGGCGUGUGUGCCCGAAUGAUCAUUCCUUUGUCAGUAGGGAAAAUUGUUACUCCUCAAAAUGUCACUAUCAGACCACUGCCGUGUGUGGCCUAUCUCGUUAUAUUUGAUGUGCAACGUAGUCCAGUUUAUGAAAUCGUAUAUUUCAUACAAUUUGUAGCGGGAUUUAUAAAGUAUACGAUUUUGGUGGCAACUUUUAGUUUCGUGACACUUUGCGGGAUGCAUUUUUGCGCGCAGUCGGACAUACUUGUGACGUUAAUGAACGAUUUUGUGAACGAGAAUCAACCGGAAUAUUUGGACAAGAAAUUGGCCAAUGUUGUGGAGCAUCAAAUUAGAAUAAGGAAUUUCUUACGAUUGCUGCAGAGUAUCACUCAGUAUCCAAAUUUAAUAGAAAUCCUGGGAUCUACCGUGAUGUUAUGCUAUGUAGGAUUUUUUAUUAUCAUGGAAUGGGAAGAUCAUAAUGUUUUUCGUCUGAGCUUAUAUUUCAGUGGAUUAACAAUGUUCUGUUUCAACAUAUUUAUUUAUUGCUAUAUGGGCGAGCAAAUCAUUGAACAGGGAGAAAAAAUAGCAUUAACAGCAUGCACUUUGGAAUGGCAUCGUCUUCCGGAUGUAAAAGCACGAGCAUUGAUUUUACUUAUAUCUAUUUCCGAAAAACCAUUAAGACUCAAAGCAGGAAAUUUCAUUGAUCUUACCCUUAGAACAUUUGGCAAUGUUGUUAAGAUGUCCGUGACGUAUUUAAAUCUUCUUCGAGUUGAUUGAAUUUUCAGAAUUAAUCGUAAAUGUAUAGA